ACGUGCCCCCUGUCCCCUCGGGUCUUCGUUUCCCACUAUGACUUCCCAGGCCAGUGCAGCCCCAGGCGCUGACGACGGUGGCCGCAGGAAGCCCCGCCUGGCGGCGUCUUUGAAGAUCAACCCGGGACCCAGUCCCUGGAGGCCCUCGGCCAGCCUGGGUCAAGACCCCUGGGAGGCCGGGCCCGCCCGCAACACAGAGGACGAUGAGCAAGGCCCAGGCGGGCAGCUCCAGGCCUCGGCGGCAGCGGGGGAUGGUGGGCCUGGGGUUGGGGCCAGAGUUGGGGAACUGGGGGAAGGCCGGGCACAGGAAGACUCGGGCGGACGGAUGGGGAGGUUCCCGAGGGUCUCUGUCCCGUCCCCCAGACGGCUGGACCUGCAGCUCAAAAACCCGCCGCCCAGCCAGGCCGUGACCCUGCUUACUGAGUACGCGGCGAGUCUGGGCGUCUCUCUGGUCUUUCGAGAGGACCAAACAGCAGACCCCUGCCUCCCCUUCUCUGUGCGCGUGGAGCUGGAUGGGGUGGUCUGCCCUGCGGGCACUGCCAAUAGUAAGCUGGAGGCCAAGCAGCAGGCGGCGCUCUCUGCCCUCCAGUACAUCCAGCAGCGGCUAGAGAACCCAGAGCCCACGACGACCCCUGGCCAGCCUCCCCUCACCCCUCUCAGCGUAGAGAACAUCCUGACUCAUGAGCAGCGCUGCGCGGCCGUGGUCAGCGCCGGCUUUGACCGCCUGGUGGACGCCAGCUCGCCGUACCGAGCCUGCAAGGGGACCGUGGCUGCCGUCAUCCUGGAGCGAGAGGUCCCCGCUGCCAGGGGCCACGUCAAGGAGAUCUACCAGCUGGUGGCGCUGGGCACUGGUGACAGCAGCUGUGCGGGGCGCCUGGACUUCUCGGGCCGGCAGCUCCAUGACUGCCAUGGGCUCGUGGUGGCCCGCCGGGCACUGCUGAGGUUCCUGUUCCGGCAGCUCCUGCUGGCCACGCAGGGGGGCCCCAAGGGCCAGGAGCGGUCGGUGCUGGCCCCCCAGCCGGGGCCCGGGCCCCCCUUCGCCCUCAAGCCCCGGAUCUUCCUGCACCUGUUUGUCAGCAGCACCCCUGAGGGAGCCGCCCACGACAUCUACCUCCCGCUGUCCUCGGAGGGCAGCCUCCGCCACAGCCCCCCGGCCCGCCUGCAGGCCCAUGUCCGGGGGGAGCUGAAGCCUGUGUGCUACGUGGCCCCUGCGCUCCGGGACACCCACGUGAGCUGCCUCUCGGCUAGUGACAAGCUGGCACGCUGGGUUGUGCUGGGGCUCGGUGGCGCCCUGCUGGCCCAUUUCCUGCCCCCGCUCUACGCCACCAGCCUGGUCCUGGCCGACCCCUGCCAUGACCCCCCGUCUGUGAGCAGGGCCAUCCACGGCCGGCCCAGCCUAGACAAGGUCUUGGGACCGUGUCUGCCUCCUCCCUACACCCGGACCACACUGCACCUGUUCACGGGGCCCUCGGUGGCUCCCUCUGACCCCAACUCCAACACCUGCCACGGCCUGAGCCUCAACUGGAGCCUGGGGGACCCUGAUGUCGAGGUGGUGGACGUGGCCACCGGGCGUGUGAAGGCUGAGGCUGCUCCCAGGCCUCCCUCCCGCCUCUGCAAGGCUGCCUUUCUCUGGGCUUUCCGCCAGGCUGCCCGGGCUCUCGGGAGGCCCCACCUCCUGACCUUGAAGACCUACGAGGCAGCCAAGGCCGGGCCCUACCAGGAGGCUCGCCGGCAGCUGUCUCUCCUCCUGGACCAGCAGGGCCUGGGGGCUUGGCCCUCGAAACCAUUGGUGGGCAAGUUCAGAAACUGAAACAGACUUCUGGGGGCCGAGG